AUGUCCGACUCCGAGGGAGACCACCCCAAGCAGUUCCAGGCUGAGGUACAGUCUCAGCGCACCACCAUGCAGCAGCAGAAGCAGGAAAAUGCCAUGAAGCAAGCCAAGCGCGAGGCUGGCCAGCAGUCGAAUCGCUCCCGUUCCUCGUCUCGCCGCGAGCGUCGCAGGCGCAUCCAAAAGGCCAUGGACGAGGGCAAAUACAUGAAGACAAACAGCCUCGAGGCCUUGGAAGAGGCCGACGCCAAUGGCGAGCUGCAGCAGAUGCAAAUGUUCGAACGCAUAGGACCCGACAGCACCUCCAUGGACGGGCCUGUCACCCACGCUCGCGCCAUGCGGGGUGAGAUUCCCAUGCGGGGCACCAAUCCAAACCAGCCCUACAAAGUGGACUCGGAAGAAAAGAAGAGCGCGUUGGACGAGCAGGAUGGCUUAAAGCUGAAGCUCGAAGCGAAUUUGGAAGUCGAAAUCGAGCUCAAGGCCAGCAUUCGUGGCGACCUUACGCUUUCUCUCUUAGAAUAACCGUGAUACCACCAUAGUGCGUAAGCGACCGGUGCUGACGACGGAUGGUUUCUUUCCGACGACAGUCAAUGAUGUGGUAAUGAUCUAUCGAGGAGGACACUUGGGGUAUUCAUUUGCGCGUUGGGAGUUUUCACGGUACCUAUUCUAAUUGGACGAGGCUUCUUGGGUAAAUAUUAGAAAAAGCUACGUCUCGACGAGCUUCCCAUCAACAUCCUCAACGCACAUGAACGCCAUGCAGUGGAUUGAGGUGGGAUGCGGGUGUGCCUGCCUUCUGUAUGCGCACUAUUGUUUUGUGUGGUCAGGCUUGUGACCGGCUAGGAAUGGAUACCCUCGAGUGCAGAUGGAAACUGCAUUGCCAUGUAGCUAUAGAAAUGUUCACGCCUGCAAUGAUUUCUUACGUAUGUGC